GUGCUGAGUGACAGCAGCUGCUCCUCAGCCCUACGUCAGAAACCCGGCAACGUGACGUCAUUCAAACUUCGCGCUCAGGCAGGAGGAAGUGACGUGGACGAGUCAGUGAAGGUCCGCUGCUGCACGCCCUGUCUCCGAUCCCAGUGAAACACAUCGACCAAGACAAGUUCAGGUAUCUGGUAGCGGGAGUAGACACGCCACAACUUCAACAUCUUCAAAAGGCCAAGCAGGUAGAUUGUCCAUGAGUCAACUGACGAGUGAGGAUGUAGGAAAAAGACAUGACAAAGCCGUAAAAACCUUCCAAGCUGAUCCGACUCCAGGAAAAUGUAUUCAUCAAAAAGUGACUGAAAAAUUGACACCAUCACAUAUUCUGGAAAGCUGCACCGCUGCCAUAUUGACGAUAACCCAGGACCCACAGCCCACUGCAGAAGAUUUAAUUUCCACUUCUCCUUCAAGCCCAAUAAAUGAGCCAUUUCAGGAACCAGAACAAGAGAGUACGCGAUUAUCUGACGUACAUACCAACACAUCGGAGGAGCUGAUUGAAUCUGCCACAGCAAUUACUGCAGCUUUAUCCCCUGAGGAAGAUGUAGAACCUUUAAAUGAGCCUGAUAUGACACAAGUAUCAUCUCCUAUAGAAAGUCAAUUUCAUGUGUUGAAGGAUAUACGGACAGGCCUAUCGACAGGGACUACUGAACGGGUGAAUGACAUAGCGAAACAAAUGGAGAACAGACAAGAAAGCUUUCGUGUAACCGUAGACCACCGUCUGCUAAAGAUGGACGAAACACUGGGACGUUUCUUUGAAUAUUUAAGAGACGUGACAACCUCCACUUCUACCGUGUUACAGGGCAUAGAGUCCAAACUAGGUACCAUGAUUGUUGCCUUAAAUAAACUUGUGGACAACACUUCGUGCCAGGGAAACACCCUACAAAUCAUGCAGACCAGCCAUAGCCAAACUGCAGCAAAUACAUCUCUAAUAGCUACACAACUCCAAACUAUGAAUACUAUCAUGUUGAAGAUGUUGUCUGUUUUGAGUCAGGGACAACACCAUCCAGCCAUUCAAGAAUCAACUCAACCAUUUCCAGGUUUGGGUCCAGAGGGACAAUUACAUGGAAUGGACUCUGGUCAUGUCCAUCCGCAAAUGCCAACAGCUCCUAGUCCUGCACCUCCUGAUAGUGCAACCACACCAGGACCAUACACACAACACCAAAAACCAGAUGAAUCACAUUGGCCAUAAUCGAACAAAUUUAUGUAUUUCUUACCUUAGAAUAUUUUUCUAAACUACAGUAUUUGUAAUUUUUUUACGUUAAAGACAGUUUGCACAUAUUUAUUUCCUCUAAUUAUAGAAGAGAGAUGUUAAUUGGUACUUGUCCUCUCAAAUUGGACCAAUGUCUAUAUGUACUACUCCUUGUGGUUUGCACCAUCAUUCAUCUUAAUGUUAUACCUUUUACAUUUGCUUUUCACGGUAAGCAUAACUGUUUGAUUGUUUGGCUUGUUUGGAGUCCUACCUACAUGAUUUGGUUGUUUCUGUGCUUUGGGAUGCUUAUGUGUGUGCACUGUUAAAUGGAGGGAUAUACACUAUAUAUAUAUAUAUAUAUAUAUAUAUAGGUAUACUAUACUAAUUAUAUUGUCAUUUAUGAAAAAAAAUACUGACCAAAUUACUUUUCUCUA